AUGACGAUGAUGACGACGAGGACGAUCAAGAACAAGAAAAAACCGUCGAAGAAGAUAGGAGGAUCUUGCAAACGACAUUCUUACCACAAUCAAACCUCGGGAGUUUGCGCCGUGUGCCUCGCCGAGAGGCUUGAGAAAUUAGCCAACGGAAAGUCCUCGAAGCCCGGCCCGAGGGGCUAUUACUCGUCGUCAUCUUCAUCCUUAUCGUCGUCCUCGUAUAUUUCCUAUUCGUCGUCCUCGUGCUCGUCCCCCGGGGAAUGGGGCAUGUCUUUUUCGUCGUCUUCUUCGAGGGUUUUUAAGGGCAUUGCGCCGCGGGAAUUGCUCGUCAAGUGCCGAUCGACGGUGGCGUCCAUGCGGAGAAGAAAAAUCAAGAACGACGACGACGACGAGAAAAAAAAUAGUCAAGAAUCCAAACUAGGGUUUUGGUCAAAACUUGUGAAGAAGAAGAAAAAUAAGGGUUUGAUCCAUUCAAGAAGUGUUAGAAAUUAA